AUGAACUAAGAUCCUACACUUACAAAUGCCAAUUAUUAUAAAGCUUCACCAUAGAAUUAUGAUAAAGACCAUUAAGUUGAAAUUAAGGAGUAAGUAAAGGAUCUUAAUGAAGAAUUUAUACAAGGUAAAAUUAAAAAAGGAGCAUUGAUGAGGAACACUAAAUAAAUAAAAUAUGAUAUGGCAAUAAUAGCUUUGAGAGAAUUAGAAAUUUUUUUUCAGUACAAUACUUCUUCUGAUACCAAAUAACCAAUUCUAGAAUAACCAAGUAAGAUCUAAGAAUGCAGAAAAAAAAUCGAGGAGGUAAUUUAUGAAGUUGAAAGAAACAUGGUUUAGGACGUUGAUAAGAAAUUCAAUUCAUUCUUUCAAAAAAAAGAACACACAUCAGAUACUAAUUAUUUCAAUAUUAUUGCCAGCUAAUUAUUCCACAAUUAAAAAGUUAAAUGCAAAAGUAAAUUAAAAGAAUGUUACAAAUUGUUGUCCAUCAAUUGGAUCAAUCUUCUAGAUUUUUCAAAAAAUGAUCUUCAGUCAAAAGAUUAAUCUGAAUCUCAAUUAAAAGAUUAUCAACAGUUAAAACAAUAACUUCUUCCUAAAUCCAGUACUAAUUCAAAUAAUAAUAAUCAAAAAUGCGAUUAAAAUAGAAACAAAUAUCAUUUCUUAUAUGUUGCUGUAGAUUUACUUGAUAAAUUAGAAAAAAGUGCAAGUACUGCAGAUGAAAUCAUAGAAUUACUUAAAAAAGUUGUUGAAAAAAAAUAUUAAAAAUAUACCUAAAAAAAAGUAAUUAAUUUUACUAAACAUGAUAUUACUGAUUUAUUAUAUUGCAAUUGUGAAUUUGAUGAGGAUGCUAUGAAAGAACUUGAAGAUAUUAUGUACAAACCUUUUAUUAUACCAGACUCCAUAAAUAAAAAAGUAAAGCUGAAUAAGUGA